CACACGAGGAUGGAGGACGUGCCGUGUUUGCCAUCUGGAAGCUUUUCUCUGCUCUGCCAAGGAGGGAAGUUAUUUCUUACAGAUGAUAGAUAGCCAAAUAACUUCCCCAAAACAUGCAGGAUAAAUGGAGGGAUCCCUUUUAGGCUUGAUCUAAAGUGAUACAUCGUCCAAUACAUGUACCUAGUUACCAGACCUAACUGCAUUAUUCCUUUCGUCAACGUGCAUGCGUGCCUCUGACUAACACCAACAUGUUGGCUUGCAUCACGAAGGCGGACAUGACGGGUAGAUGUACGAUGUACGAGUUGAUGAUUCUGGAAGUUCGAGGCAGUAUGAAUUGCAUUUAGUUUCAUUCAAUCCGUCUUCGAUUCUGCUCGCUGUUCUUUCUCUCUUUGUUUAUCUAUCUGCAACAACUUCUUAGAUCCGCAACGACUUCUUAGGCAUUCUUCAUUCUUCAUUCUUCUUAAUUCUACCUUUUAGUUUAUAGGUACAUUUUAUUCAUACACUGAGCUGGUCUCACGCCUUGCGUAUUGUUCUCAUCCUGCACAUAUAAUCCAUCUCAGCUAUCCUAUUCCUUGAAACUGAGCCAUUAUUAUUAGCGGAAACAAGAAUCUCUUAGUAGGAGCAUAGACGGCGCUGAAGAUUCAUAUCCAUCAAGAUGCUGGCAAUCGUUACUCUAAUAGCCCUGCUGAGCUUUGCUGAGGCUAGCCGGAAAACACCGCGAACCGCUAUACCUUCAAGCCUCAGUUCGCCUUCGACAACGACAACGUUGGCGACAAUACCAUCAGUUAUGACAAUAGUACCAAGUAGCAUACCCUCGGUCCAGCUUAAUACGUCAAGUCCUACACCGCGGCCGACGAGCGCUGGCGCUGCUAAGAGCAGGUGUACUACUUUACCACUCGAUGCGCCUACGUCCACAUCUAUAUCAACUCAGACCACAAUCGACCCUGAGAUUACGCCCUCGCCCGAAUUACCACCACCAGGGGCUAAUUUCCACGAAAUAGGUGUCAAGUAUGUGCAGACUACAUACUAUAGCUGCGUAACCUUUCCUUUAGAAACGCACUGCGGCUGGCAUGAACCUAUAUUAGACGCUGGAGCGAGCGGGAUCCGAUGCGAAGGUAGUGGGCAGGUGGCUUUACGCGCUGGCGUCGUGGCUGGUAUCGUCGCUGGCGGCUUGGUACUCGGGCUUUGACAUCUAAGUGAAGUCCCUUGUAUAUUUUUUCUUUCUUUCCUUUUGGGUAUGGGCAGAGAUACCUCUUAACCUAAUGACUUACGAAAUAUGAUCAUGAUAUGUCUGGGACGCUUUGCGAUUAUUAGAUACCUAGGAAAACAGAGGCGUUCAGGAAUCGAUAGUUAUAGAGUUAGUAGUUACUAUGAUAGUAAAAAAAAAAAAAAAAAAAAAAAAAAAAAAA